AUGACAGCACUGGUGUGCCUCUGUAUGACCCAGCUUUCUCCUGCAGCUGUUAUGACAGCACAGGUGUGCCCCUGUAUGAUCCAGCUGCCUCCUGCAGCUGUUAUGACAGCACUGAUGUGCCCCUGUAUGACCCAGCUAUCUCCUGCAUCUGUUAUGACAGCACUGGUGAGCCCCUGCAUGGCCCAGCUGUCUCCUGCAGCUGUUAUGACAGCACUGGUGAGCCCCUGCAUGGCCCAGCUGUCUCCUGCAGCUGUUAUGACAGCACUGAUGUGCCCCUGUAUGACCCAGCUAUCUCCUGCAUCUGUUAUGACAGCGCUGGUGAGCCCCUGUAUGACCCAGCUGUCUCCUGCAGCUGUUAUGACAGCACUGGUGAGCCCCUGCAUGGCCCAGCUGUCUCCUGAAGCUGUUAUGACAGCGCUGGUGAGCCCCUGUAUGACCCAGCUGUCUCCUGCAGCUGUUAUGACAGCACUGGUGAGCCCCUGUAUGACCCAGCUGUCUCCUGCAGCUGUUAUGACGGCUGGAAAAAUGUAUUGUGCAGCUGAUGACAGCACUGGUGAGCCCCUGCAUGGCCCAGCUGUCUCCUGA